GUCGAUUUGAUACGAGAAAAAUUCUGCGAAGGUUGCCCAACCAACGGGGCCCCGUGCAUAAGCGGCCUGCAACCAACUCUCUGCCAACAUGCAUGUUAAAAUGAAGGUUGCCUAGACGAGCAGUGUCCACAUAUCGACGAUUGGUCUAUGGAAUCAAACAUCUCGUGUACAUAUUUCCAAGAAACCCUUUGCAUCUUUGAAGACGCAGUCAUCUGCCAAGACGCAGAGGAUAAAGGCGUCUGUGUUUUUAAAAAGUUGGAUGAAUACGGAAAUGUAUCCUUCUGCAAAUGUAAAAGCCAACCAGGGGCAGAGGAUGAUUACCUGCAGCUCUGGACAAAUAGUUGCAAUGAAGAUGAAGACAGACAGCCGUAUGGAGGUGACAACCAAAUUACUGAGCCUCCAAGCGAUGGAAAACCAACUCGUCCAACGAUCAAAGUACCACCGAUGGAUUCAAGUGGCGGGAAGAUCAACAUUGCAGUCCCUAUUCUUUGUUCUCUGUUGGCCGUUGUGGUUGUCGUGCUUCUGGUGUUAGGUGUGAAGCUAUGCAGGCAGAGAAGUGGAAACCCGGCUCUCUUGAACAAAAAAACUCCGAAUGGAACAAACAACUCAACAAGUGUAGCACUUGAACCAAAUAUAUUCAAACGAGCAUCUCAGGCUUUACCUCCGGUACCUAGCGAGUAUCCACAGUCGUGCACGGACGACCACACGUAUUACUCGUUAGAUCAUGACGUCAAAGAUGAGGGGAACUCCCGCUACGUGGUCCACGAGAAAAAUAGUGCGCCAUCUCAGCCCGACAAAGUCGUAAGUACGGAGGAUGCCGACCAUGAGUAUUCGGUGCUAGAGAAAACACAAAGUAUUGAGAACAUAGGAGUGAGCGACCCAGAUUACACAACCUCUACAGCUGAAUCGUUAAUAGAGGCUCCUGUUGAAGCGGAAAGCGACCGUUCCCCAGUGCUGAUGAUGACUGAGGAGAGCGAUACUCCACUCAAGCGGUCUGGAUAUGAGGUUGCCGUGGUUGCGCCACCGAAGGAAAACAUUCGUUCUCCGGUGAACAAGCCUGCAGAGAGCGAGACCAAUACCGUUCAAUCUGGAUUCGAGGUUGCCGUCGUUGCAUCUUCAAAGGAAAACACUCGUUCUCCGUUGGAUAGGCCUGCAGUGAGCGAGACCAUUAAUGUUCAAUCUGGAUACGAGGUUGCGGUCGUUGCACCUCCAAAAGUAAACAGUCGUUCUCCGGUGCACAAGCCGGCAGAGAACGAGACCGCUAGUGUUCAAUCUGGAUACGAGGUUGCGGUCGUUGCAUCUUCAAAAGAAAACAUUCGUUCUCCGGUGCACAAGCCUGCAGAGAGUGAGACCUCUAAUGAUCAAUCUGGAUACGAGGUUGCUGUCGUUGCAACUCCACCUGCCGACCCAAGCGACUCUGCCCUCUACGACCACUUCGACAGAUCGACAAGCCGGCUGUCGAGUGUGGGCGACCCUCCUGAUCAAGAGAACAGCGACUACCAACAUCUAGUGAAGGUUUAAAAGUAAAAGUGGUCUCCAAAUCUUGAUCUUUUAAAACUUUAAAUCGCCCAUGUUUCAUUGUAUUCAAACUGCAGUCUCAACACAGGGCCCAUCCCCAACUGCAUAGAGCUGCUCAAGCACAACAUAUUGCUUAUCAAUUUUCUGCUAAGCAGAAAUGAGCAGGCUACCAGUCCUACUUGUGACAUGGUAGUUUGGUUGAUAACCUUAUUCCUGAGAGUGUAUUUUGUUUAUUUUUGUUCUUAGCAGCUCUGUGAAACCGGGCCCAGGUUCACUAGGCUCACCCAUAUAACUUGUUACAUGAUUGUAUACAUCGUUCCACACGCCAGUAGGAUCGUAAGUCAGUCAUUACCAACAUUGAAUAUAAACCAUGGUGUGGUUCUGAUAUGAACCAUAGAGGGAGCCCUUUACAUACACAACUCUGUGUACAGUCAACAUGUGGACGCUCCUCUUUUUUAUAUGUACAAAGGCAAAAUCGUAUUUGUUAAUAAUGUAAAUAACACUGUGUGGACGUGUAUAUUAGUCCACAGAGUUUUCCCAAGUCCUCAAGUUAUGUGGACCUCUUUAUAGUUCUCAGGUCCACACUUCGCAUGUAGCAUUUAAACACACGCACACGCGGUGGCCCACCAAGGGUUUCGAACCCUUAGGGGUGAGUUACGUAUUUCUCUAAUACAAUAUAACUGCUGCAUAUUGUGUUAUACGAUGGAUCAGUACCAUUUUCUUAACAGCAAUAAAAUGGUUCUAGGCCAUGUCACGUAGUUGUGUACGCCUUUCAUAAGAUAUAAAUAUGAUAUAACAACCCUCUUAAAGUGGUAUUCAACAUCAAACCUUGAUGGUCCAAAGGUACCUACUAUUGUUGUUGUUCAUACAACUUCUUGCAUUUUUGCAAACUUUUGUUUGUUAGUAAUUGUUCACAAAUUAUUUAAUCCAGAAGUAGUUGUCAAAAAUCAUGUUAGUUGAAUCUCAUACACGUACAUGCACGAGCUGUAAUAUAAGACAUGUAAUACCAAAAAUAAAAUAAAUAAAUAAAAUUGUUCAAUUUCAGAAAGCUGACGUAGUUUGCUUCACAAUAUUUGUAUUGUUUAUGGUCUUUGUUUAGAGACUAUGCACAAUACUUGUAUUGUUCAUGGCCUUUGUCAAGAGACUAUAUGCACAUUGCAUGACCAAAGUAUUGACAAAAACUGCACCUGCGUGUGGGCAUGGUCUUGUCUGGGUGUACAUGCAAACCAUUAUUUACACUUGGUAUAAGAAUAAUGCAAGGACCGCUAAGCAAUCAUUAUGUACGUACAUCCAUUGACGUAGGCACCGACCUUGGGGCGUAGGCAUUCACGAAUGUCACUGAAGCAUGCCCAGCAACCCAAACGAAGGGCGUUUAGGUCCAUGCAACUUUGAAGGUUGAAGACAAUCAACCUUUAAAAGGUGUGAUUUUUCCCAAAUGUGGUAUAGCUUGU